GAAGUGACCUCACGAAGUUCUUCCUGCAUCAAGACCGGCAAGAUGGCUGCGGACACGCAGGUUUCAGAUACGCUGAAAAAAUUUGCUGUAAAAGUGACCACAGCCAGCGUGAAAGAGCGCAAAGAGAUAUUUGGAGAGCUGAAACGGUGUCUACAGGGCAAAGAGUUACCAGAGCCUGCCAUCAAGGGACUAUGCAAGCUCUUCUGUCUCACGCCACACAGAUAUCGGGAUGCUGCAUCACGCAGACAGCUGCUCACUGUCAUUGGCCUGCUGGCUGACAGUCAGCCGGACAUCCUGGUCACCAGCCUCCUCCACUGCCUGCUCAACAGUGGAGUCAUCAGCAAAAGUGGAGAGCCCAGUAAAAGCUCAGGCUCUGCUGCCUUCAUCGGCCUGUCUUGGACAAUCCUUUUAGUCCCCACUGUGUUUUCUGCCCCAGAGAAAAGAGAGGGACCCAUCUGGAAGAAAAUGGUGGAAGUUCAGAGCCUUCUUGUCGCAGAGGUUGUGGGUGGAGCCAAGACCAUCGCUCAGAAAUCAAGUCUGAAAAAUCUCAGUCACCUCUGGAAGGAAAACCCUGGACUGGUGGAUCAGUACUUCAGCACACUGCUGAGUCUGGACCAAAGCCCUACAACCCUGGCCAUGCUGGGGGUGUGUGUAGACUUCUGCACUGCUCAGAAAGACAAAGCUACAAUAGAGAAGCAUAAGAGUGCCCUGUUGGACCUGUAUGUUAAAUCUGUCCUUAUGAGCAAGAUAAAACCACAACAGCACAUUUUGGAAAAAAGUGGCUCCUUACUGCGUCAUGUGUCCCACUCUGAGUUCAAGGAGCAGCUACUCCCUAUCCUGCAGAAGACAAUGCUGCGUAGUCCAGAGAACGCCAUGGAGACCAUUUCCUGCCUGCUGUCCAGUGUGACUCUUGACCUCAGUCAGUAUGCCAUGGAUAUCGGGAAGGCCAUAGCAAGUCAGCUUAAAGCCAAUAAUGCCCAGCUGAUGGAGGAUGCGGUCCAGGCCAUGCAGAACCUGGCUCAGCAGUGCAGCGACUCCACGGCAGUGCAGGACAUGGUCACACACGUCUUCAAGAUCCUCGGAGGGUCUGAGGGAAAGCUCACAGUUGUUGCCCAGAAGAUGAGUGUGUUGUCAGGAAUUGCCAGCUGCAGCCAUCAUGCCGUGUCAGGAACCUCCAGCCAGACGUUGAGCGCUGCAGUCACUGUGAUGUUCAUCCCUUAUUUACAGCAAGAAGUUCAUGAGGGCACCUUGGUGCAUGCAGUGUCCGUGCUCUCCCAGUGGAGUAGUCGCCUUACAGUAGAAGUUCCAACUGCUCUCUUGGAUUGGAUGAAGAAAGCUUUUACCCUCAAGACCUCCACCUCUCUGGUUCGACACACCUACCUUCAGGCCAUGUUGGGGGUCUUUAAAGGUGACACUCUUGCACAGGCCUCGGACCUCUUGCCUUUGCUCCUCCAAACGGUGGAGAAGGCAGUGGCCCAAAGCUCCCAGCAUGCUUUGCUUGCAGAGGGUGUGGCAGCUUCUGUUCUAUUGAGUCGACUGGCUCUGCUGGAGACACAGACAGAAGCUAAAUUCACCAACUUCUGGAACGUCAUCUUAGAUGAGAAGAAGCCACUAUUCACCGCAGAGAAGUUCCUCUCCCAGGCCAGUGAAGAAACUCUACUCACAGUACUACUGCUCUGUGAACGGCUCUUUUUGGACCACGCCCACAGACUCAACAGCAGCAAAUCAAAGAUGUAUCACCACGCCACUGUUGCAAUUCUGCUGUCUCUGAGCUGGCGUGUAAGGAAGAGGGCACAGCAGACGGUCAGGAAGCUGCUCUCCUCUCUGGGUGGAUCCAGUCUUGCCUACGGCCUUCUGGGAGAACUCUGUGUGGUCAUCAACAAGCACAAAGUUUUGCCCCAGGAAGUCCUGGUGUCAGACUCAGGAGAGCCCACUGAGUUGGGUCGCAGCUACAUCCCCCCUCGUGUUCUGCUGGAGGCGUUGUGUGUGGUUUGCUCCACUGCCAGCCAAUGGGGUGACCCUACCGAAGCAGAGAAUUUGGCCAUGGAGAUCAUGAUAAUCACUCAUCAUCCUUCCAUAAUUGAAGCUCGUCGAGGCAUCUGGCCUGUUUUGCUCUCCUCCAUGAAGAUAAAAGCAGAGGAAUUUAUCGAAAACAAUCUGGAGAAGAUCCUGCCUCAUCUACUAGAUGUCAAUGCUGACAACCAGGCAACGAAAAAUGCUGUUGGGGCUCUCUCCAGCCUCUCCCCCAACAAGCUGUUACCGCGGGUGAUAAGUCAUAUCACAGAGGGACUCUCCCAACCUGCUCUCCUUCAGGUCACCAGAGAGGAAUACGCCAUCAUGCUGACACCCGAGGGAGAACUGUAUGACAACAGCAUCAUCCAGAGUGCCCAGAAGGAAACCACCAAGAAAGGAAACUUAAAGAGAGAGAACAAGGCCUACUCCUACAAGGAUCAGAUCAUUGAACUGGAGUUACAGGAGGAGCUCAAAAAGAAAAAGGGCAUCAAAGAGGAGGUGCAGCUUACCAGCAAACAGAAGGAAAUGAUGCAAAUCCAGCUUGACAAGGAGACCUCUAUUCGCAAAAGACUCCAAGGGCUGGAUUUGGAGCUGCAGAGCGUGGUGGGUCUGCUGGAAGCUGUUUUGAUAGAGAGACCAGCGCAGAUCACCAAAGAGCUCCCUGCUGCCCUUCAGGUCCUACUGCCCCUGCUACACUCCCCUUUGGCUGCUCCACGCGUCCAGCCACUCUUCCUGGAUAUCGGAGUGUGCCUUAUGCCCAAGCACCUUCACCAUAUAGCUGUGCUUGUGGGUCAUGUGACUUUACGGCUGCUGAAGCCGGAGUGCGAGCUUGACUCGGCCUGGGAAGAGGAGGACCUGGACACAGCAACCAACCGUACUAUCCUGCUGCUGCACAACCACACUGUCCCGCAGAGAGAGAACAAGACUGUACAUGACCUACUGACUGGAUUGUUGGAAAUGGAGUUUGCCCUGCCCACUGACAGCACAGAGGCCACUGGGCUCAGUUUGCUGCGUAGACUUUGGGUUGCCAAGUUUGAUGUUGAGGAGGAGGGGCGAGCUUUGGCUGAAAGACUCUUGGAGUCUCUGGCUCUGGAGCUGGCCCCUGAGCUCUGCUCCCUGCUGAUUGGAGAUGUCACCCACCAUGAGGAAGCGGUCCGUUCUGCCGCGGCCGAUGCUCUGUCAAGUGCCGUGUCCGAGUAUAGAGACCAGUCUGCUACUGUGCUCGGCCAGCUGACUGAGCUCUAUCAAAAGAAACUUUAUCGACCUCCUCCAGUGCUGGAUGCCCUGGGCCGAGUCAUCUCUGAAUCUCCGCCUGACCAAUGGGAGGCCAGGUGUGGCAUCGCCCUGUCUCUGAACAAGCUGUCCCAGUACCUGGAUGAAUCUCAGGUCACCCCUCUCUUCCUUUUCUUCGUCCCUGAUGCGCUGAACGACCGCCACCCUGAUGUGCGGCGCUGCAUGCUGGACGCUGCCCUCUCUGCACUCAACACGCAUGGAAAGGACAACGUCAGCUCCCUGCUGCCAGUGUUUGAGGAGUUCCUGAAGAAUGCCCCCCAGGACGCCAGCUACGACUCUGUCCGUCAGAGUGUGGUUAUUCUCAUGGGCUCUUUAGCCAAACAUCUGGACAAGAAUGAUCCCAAAGUUAAACCCAUUGUGGCCAAGCUCAUCACUGCACUCUCUACACCAUCACAGCAGGUCCAGGAGUCUGUCGCCAGCUGUUUACCUCCUUUAGUCCCUGCCAUUAAAGAGGAUGCUGCAGGAAUUGUAAGAAACCUGCUGCAGCUGCUGCUGGAGAGCGACAAGUACGCAGAGAGAAAGGGAGCAGCGUACGGACUGGCCGGCCUGGUCAAAGGUCUCGGGAUCCUGGCGCUCAAGCAGCAGGACAUCAUGUCCACGCUCACUGACGCCAUCCAGGACAAGAAAAACUUCAGGCGGAGAGAAGGAUCACUGUUUGCCUUUGAGAUGCUAUGUAACAUGUUGGGGAAGCUGUUCGAGCCAUAUGUGGUCCAUGUCCUGCCACACCUCCUGCUCUGCUUUGGAGAUGGUAACCAGUAUGUUAGAGAGGCUGCAGAUGACUGUGCCAAGGCUGUGAUGAGGAACCUUAGUGCCCAUGGUGUGAAACUGGUCCUCCCCUCUUUGCUGGUGGCCCUGGAGGAAGAGUCCUGGAGAACUAAAGCAGGCUCGGUGGAGUUGCUGGGUGCCAUGGCUUACUGUGCUCCCAAGCAGUUGUCCUCCUGCCUUCCCAGCAUCGUGCCCAAGCUGACCGAGGUGCUGACCGACUCCCACGUGAAGGUGCAGAAGGCCGGCCAGCAGGCCCUCAGACAGAUCGGCUCUGUCAUCCGUAACCCCGAAAUCCUGGCCAUAACCCCCAUCCUGCUGGACGCCCUCACGGAUCCAUCCAAAAAGACACAGACAUGCCUGCAGACGCUGCUGGACACCAAGUUUGUUCACUUCAUCGACGCUGCCUCACUCGCCCUCAUCAUGCCCAUCGUCCAGAGAGCCUUCCAGGAUCGCUCCACCGACACGCGCAAGAUGGCCGCUCAGAUCAUUGGCAACAUGUACUCCCUCACUGACCAGAAGGAUCUAUCACCCUACCUGCCGAGUGUCAUUCCUGGACUGAAGGCCUCAUUGUUGGACCCAGUGCCUGAGGUUCGUACUGUCUCAGCCAAGGCCUUGGGUGCGAUGGUAAAGGGGAUGGGUGAGACCUGCUUCGACGACCUCCUGCCAUGGCUCAUGGAAACACUGGCCUCUGAACAGAGCUCUGUAGAUCGCUCCGGAGCUGCACAAGGUCUGGCUGAGGUGAUGGCUGGACUGGGAGUGGAGAAGCUGGACAAGCUGAUGCCAGAUGUGGUGCAGACAGCCAGCAAGGUCGACAUCGCUUCCCACGUCAGAGACGGAUACAUCAUGAUGUUUAUCUACCUGCCCCUGACCUUUGGAGACAAGUUCACUCCUUACGUUGGGCCCAUCAUCCCUUGCAUUCUCAAGGCCCUGGCUGAUGAGAAUGAAUAUGUGAGAGACACAGCACUGCGAGCGGGCCAGCGAGUUGUCAGCAUGUAUGCAGAGACCGCCAUCGCACUUCUGCUUCCUGAGCUGGAACAGGGCCUGUUUGAUGACCUGUGGAGAAUCAGGUUCAGCUCUGUGCAGCUGCUUGGAGAUCUUCUGUUCCAUAUCUCCGGAGUAACAGGAAAGAUGACCACAGAGACGGCCUCCGAGGAUGACAACUUUGGAACAGCAGCAUCAAAUAAAGCCAUUAUUGGUGCUCUUGGCGCUGAGCGGCGUAACCGUGUCCUCUCUGGCCUCUAUAUGGGUCGUUCAGACACCCAGCUUGUGGUUCGACAGGCUUCCCUCCACGUGUGGAAGAUCGUGGUGUCCAACACCCCCAGAACCCUUCGAGAGAUCCUCCCAACCCUCUUCUCUCUCCUGCUCGGUUUCCUUGCCUCCACCUGUCCUGACAAGAGAACGAUUGCUGCUCGGACAUUGGGUGACCUGGUGAGGAAGCUGGGAGAGAAGAUUCUCCCUGAGAUCAUUCCCAUCCUAGAGGAGGGGCUGCGCUCUGACAAGAGCGAUGAGAGGCAGGGCGUCUGCAUCGGCCUGAGUGAGAUCAUGAAGUCCACCAGCAGAGAUGCGGUACUUGUCUUCUCUGAAUCACUGGUCCCCACAGUCAGGAAGGCUUUAUGUGACCCACUGGAGGAGGUUCGAGAGGCUGCAGCCAAAACCUUCGAGCAGCUCCAUGCAACCAUUGGUCACCAGGCGCUGGAUGACAUUCUGCCUAACCUGCUCAAACAGCUGGAUGACGAGGAGACGGCUGGCUUUGCUCUGGAUGGUCUUAAGCAGGUCAUGGCUGUGAAGAGUCGCUCUGUUCUGCCUUACUUAGUUCCAAAGCUCACUGCUCCUCCUGUGAACACCCGUGUGCUUGCCUUCCUGUCCGCCGUGGCUGGUGACGCUCUGACACGCCACUUAGGUGUCAUUCUGCCUGCUCUGCUCUCCUCCCUCAAAGGGAAGCUGGGAACAGAGGAUGAAGCACAGGAGCUGUGCAGCUGCCAAACAGUGAUCCUGUCAGUGGAAGACGAAGUGGGCCAGCGCAUCAUCAUAGAGGACCUGCUGGAGUCCACACGAGGUGCUGACCCCGGCCACAGACAGGCUGCCGUGACCAUCCUCAAUGCCUACUUUGCUCGUACCCGCCUGGACUACAGUUCCCACACACGCACUUUACUGUCCAGCCUCAUCCGCCUUCUCAAUGACUCCAACCCAGAGGUCCUGUCUCAGAGCUGGGACACCAUCAACUCCAUCACCAAGAAACUGGAUGCCAGCAGCCAGCUGGCUCUAAUCGAUGACCUGCACCGAGACAUUAGAUCAGCAGCUGCAGACGUGAGGGGUCAGCACCUGCCUGGUUUCUGUCUGCCCAAGAAGGGCGUGACCUGUAUCCUGCCUGUCCUCAGAGAAGGUGUCCUCACCGGCAGCCCUGAGCAGAAAGAAGAGGCAGCGAAAGCUUUAGGAGGCGUCAUCAAACUGACGUCUCCUGAGGCACUGAGACCCUCUGUUGUCAACAUAACUGGACCUCUCAUUCGUAUCUUGGGAGACCGGUUUGCCUGGACAGUGAAGACCGCUCUGCUGGAGACACUAACCCUGCUGCUGGCAAAGGUCGGCAUCGCCCUGAAGCCCUUCCUCCCUCAGCUGCAGACCACCUUCCUGAAGGCCCUGCUGGAUUCAAGCCGUGCAGUGAGGCUGAGGGCUGCCGAGGCUCUGGGCCAGCUGGUUUCCAUCCACACCAAGGUGGACCCACUGUUCACUGAGCAGCUGUCUGCCAUUCGUAACGCAGAGGACGCUGGAGUCAGGGAGACUAUGCUCCAAGCCUUGAGGUUUGUCAUCCAGGGGGCCGGGUCAAAGGUGGACCCAGCCAUCCGCAAGAACAUUACCACCACAUUGCUAGGCAUGCUGGGACAUGAUGAGGAUGCAACUCGAAUGGCUUCAGCAGGCUGUGUUGGUGAGCUGUGUGCCUUCCUGUCAGAGGAUGAGCUGAGGAGUGUGUUACUUCAGCACGUCUUAGCGGACUUGUCUGGUGUGGACUGGAUGGUCCGUCAUGGUCGGAGCCUGGCUCUGGCCAUAGCUGUGAAGUCUGCUCCUGAGAAGCUGUGUGGGAAGGAAUACUUUGACACUGUAUCUGAAACCAUUUUAACCAACGCCACCGCUGACAGGAUCCCCAUUGCCACCAGUGGAAUCAGAGCGAUGGGAUAUCUGAUGAGGCAUCAUCUCAGGACAGAGGGAAGCAGUAAUAUUUCGCAGCGCAUCAUCACACAGUUAGUCAAGUGUCUUCAGAAUCAGUCCAGUGACAUCAGACUGGUGUCGGAGCGGGUGCUCUGGUGGGUGUUCAAAGACCCGGAUACGCCCUCAAUGGAGGCCAGUCUCAUCAAGCCUGUGCUGAAGAGUCUGCUGGACAACACCAAGGACAAGAACACUAGCGUCAGAGCCCAGAGCGAACACACCAUCGUCAACCUGUUACGACUCCGCCAGGGAGAGGAAACCAUGCAGAGUAUUACUGCCAUUCUGGAUUCUGCAAGUAACGACCUACUGUCUGAGUGUCACCGCCGGUCUUUGAAGAAAAUCGCCAGCAUGCCAGACUCUAAUGAAGAGAUAGAUGACACCAUCCUAACAUGAUGGAGCAGGACUGAACCAUAAAGUGACAUCUGGAGAAAUUAACAGAAGGUUGACUGACAUGUACAACAAGUCUUCACUGUUUGAGAGCCCCAGACACACUCACCACACGUGCCCAUGUUGCCUUUCAUGGACAAAGGCUGAGAUGGGUUGGUUUUUGACUGACUUCCUACAUAUUACCCCAAACAAAUUUUUUUUUUCUUCCUCAAAUAAUUGUUUUAGUGGCGUUUAAGCCCGAUUUAUAACUUUGUUCUUUUAUCUCACACUGUGCAGGUUGUCCCCCUGUAAUUAAUUAAAUUAGGAAGACACAAGGCCAAAUUCUUUUUUGACGUUUUGUGUUUUGCUACUUAUUUUACCAAAAAUGAUUUCAAGCAGUCAAGACAUCACUGUAAUGAAGUGACACCCCUAUCUUUAACUUUUAUUUGGAUUGUGUGUGAGAGUUGUUCAGGGGCAAAAACAGCCUCUUGUAAGAGUACAAACAAAAACAUGCUUAUGUCAAUUGAGACGGUUGUAAAAAGGCAAUACAAAAUAAAAAGAUCAUGAUUUCAUAA